AUGUCUUACGCUCCUUUUGCUCGGCUGUGCCGUGGUUUUGUCAGCAGACGUGUUGUAAACUCUACUCUCGCGCGGAACAUGGCAAGCGAACGAAGACACAAGAUUCUCGUCACACGAAGAGUACCACAAGCUGCCAUAGAAAUUCUCAAGGAUUCUAAAAGGUGAGAAGUUUUUGAAUGAGGUAUCUUUGUGCUUUUUCGGUGGCUCCUUAAGACAGACUUUUUGAAUAUGUUAAAAUUACACUAUUUGCGGUUCGAGGAAAACAGCACGUACAGUAGUCAUUUGUCUAUUCUUUUGUUAAUUAAAUUAAUUAAUGGUAAGACCUUACUCCCCUUUUACUUGUCAGUAUUAAAACACAGACUCGACGAAUGUUGUACUUUAUAGUCUUUUAAAGCUCACUGGAAUUGCACGAGUACGCUAGAAGCUUUUGUUUAGUUAUAUGUUUGUUUAUUUUUUUCACUGAAGAGAGGUAAACUAAUUAAGGAUGUAUCUGUUUACAUGGAGACUGAGAGUUACUAGAGCGGUAGGGGAAGGUAGCAGGCUAACCCUAGAACUCACACUUAUCUUUCCUUUUGUGUGAAAUGCUGUUUAUCAUGCAAACAUGAUUUUAACUCCCCAAAGUCCUCUUUCUUGGGUUUCUGAGUCAUUCAGACAGGAUAUUUACUGACUGUCCAAACCGUUUCCAGAUUUCAACUUGGAAAACUGAAAGUUUUUCACUAAAAAUAUAUUUAUUACAAAAAAUCUGUCCGAUUUCUGAAAAACGGUGGAACCAGUAUGGGUCCGUGCCUGGUUAGAGCCUUAAAUUUAUAGUCGAAGCUCUCCACAAUGGCCUCCUUGCGGACAGAAGAAAGUGGCAGUUGUGGAGAGGUGGCCGUUAUGGCGAGGUAGGGGUGUAAUAUGACAAAUUUUUUAGAGAGUACAACAUGUUUAUUGUGUUAAGUUCAUGGCAACAUUCGCUAUAAGCAUCAAAGACAAUUUUUGCUUAUACUGAAGCAGUAUAAAUGGAACACAAUCAAAAUACAGUUGCUGCGAUUAAUCAUCAGCACACCAUAUCGAUCAAAUUUCAUGACCAUUCUUGACAUUCUUCAGUUGCUGAAGAAACCGGCCGUUGUAUGUGGUAGCUGUUAUUGGAGGUUCGGCUGUAUUUGAAAGACAAAGACCAGAUCUUCAGUUAUUUAAGGGCAAGCAUUUAUUAAAUUAUUUCAACACUUAAAACUUUCCAGUACUCUUCAGUACAUCCUAUUCUCCAAGUUAAUAUUUAAACUAUUCAUUCAUUAUUAAAAGCUGUGAUUUGGAUCAUUGGGACUCAGAUGACCCUAUUCCCAGAGGUGAACUUCUAAACCGAGUGUCUGGUGUGGAUGGACUUUACUGCCUCCUUACGGAGAAGAUUGAUGCCGAGUUACUUGAUGCUGCUGGUUAGUGUUCAAUACACACCAUGGCUGUUCUUCAUGUGUUGUUUAAAACUAUAACGUAGAAAUCCUUGGACAAAUUCUUCAUAAACUGGUGAAGCACUCUUAUCAAAAAGGUUCAUGCCAGCUAAUCCAUUGAUGAGCCUUUUUUUCGUGGAAGAGCCUUGGUGAAAACAUCAUUAGUGGGGUUGUGACACAUUCUUUGCCAUCUUUUUAAGAAGCCAGAACGUUUUGCACAUCAAUUGAGUUCAAAAAAAUGAUGGUUCAGUGUUGUUUUUUCUAUAUUAUUUGCUUUGUUAUGUCUUAUUUUUUUUUUGUAUUAAUCUGUAAUACUUGCUCAGUUUGAUAAGCUGUACUCAUGAACUCUAAAAAUUCGACUCCUGGAGACCAAACGGGAAGAAAAAAACACAAAUAUGAGACUCUGAGACCCAGCAUUUUUCAAAUUCAAAUUUGAGACUCCAAGGUGGAAAAAUCACCUGAAAACGAGACUUUUGAGACCCAUCAAAAAUGCUUCAAAGAUUUUGAGAUUGGGCCAAAAUCAGUUUUGUAUUUGACCCCUCCGAGACCUCUGAGACCCACGUUUUUUAACGACAAGGUUUAUUUGCACCAUUCUACACCCAAAUGAAGUCAUCCAUUCAAAAAUAAUUGCGAUUAACAAAUGUAGACUUUCGUGCAAAGCUUUUUUUGACAUCAGACACUCUUUAUUAGUUUAUUAGCACCAUCAAAUGAAUGAUAAAGGGAUUUUUUAUAAGCUAAGAAAUUAUGUAAACACUCGUUCAGGUUGUUUGCGUGUAUUUUCCAUUAAAAAUUUUUGACCAAUUUCAUCUCCUACUUUGAGAACUGUCCCCAUCCGAGCUGUGAUCCACAUUUUUCAAGUUCACCACAUCAGACACUCUUUAUCUCAAUCUUUUUUCUUUACUUUGAAGAGAAACAAGGGGCACUCUAUACAUCAUUUAACUUUGAUCUGAGUUUGAAUAAAUCUAUGUUACAUAAAUUUUUUAUUUACACAUUACGCAGGUCCACAGCUCAAGGUCGUGAGCACAAUGUCAGUAGGGUUUGAUCAUGUCAGUUUGCCAGAAGCUGCAAAAAGGUAGAACAUCAGCACAAAUAAUAUUGUUUGUUGCAAGCAAAUGGAGAGUUCGUGGUUCAAUGAUAUGGAUUGUUAACUAGAUUUCUAGAAUUAUCAAACAGGGUCGGCCAGGGUUUUUGGGUAUACGGUAUACAGGGGCUUUUUAAAUUGGGUAUACGGUAUAUUGCAGCUUAAAUACGGGUAUUCGGUAUAUCACUUUCUUUGAAUUUCAGGUGUAAAGUAUACCUGGGGAGAAUUUUGGGUAUAUUUGGAUGAAUUUUGGGUAUUUUUGGGUAUUUUGGCAAAUUUUUUUCGGGUAUACUGGUAUACUACUACCCCCCUGGCUGACCCUGAUCAAAGAGUGGCCUGACCACUAGCUUUUACUGUAAUUGUUUCUCAGUCCCCCCCGACUGUAUUUAGUACUUUCAUUAGGCAAUUACAGUCAAUUAACAACCAUCAUAGAUAAAUGUAAUGGUCAAAAUGAAUUUCUCUUUUAAUUUAUAGACAUAAACUGCCAUUGUCAUUCUCUGAUACAACCAUCAUAAAUAAAUAUAAUGGUCAAAAUGAAUUUCUCUUUUAAUUUAUAGACAUACACUGCCAUCAAUGUUCUCUGAGUAAUUUUCAUUUGCAUAAUUAUUUUGAUGUUUGAUUGUGUAGAGGGAUUCCUGUGGGUCAUACUCCAGGAGUGCUAACAGAUGCAACUGUAAGUCAAUUUAAAUGUCUUGUUUUAAAAACAUUAGUAACCCAAACAUAAAACUAACUGUCUCAAAACACACAAAAAUUAAAAAUUUAACCUUAAUUAAAAUUAAUGUUCUCUGUACAAUUAAUGUACUACUAGGUACAAUUUGAUUAUGCAGUCAUUUACUUACAACUUUAACUUACAGCUGUAGAUUAACCUAAAACUGGUGACAAAAUUAGUUGAGACACUUUGCCCUGAGGGCUUUUCAAAUGUUUUGCCAAGUUAAAAAAGGAAAAAUAAGGCUUUUCUUUCCCCAUCCCCUCCAUGCAGUGUUGUGCCACUGUUCGAGGCUGCUACCUGUUGAAAACAACAAACACCCUGGAACUUACAAUUAGAAUGGAGGUCAGAGGGGAGGGGUGCAGAAAUGUUCUCUGAAGUUACCCCAUUUGAAGACAACAUCUCAUCAAUCUUGUUGGCAAUUGUAGGUAGAAUUGUGGUAACACAUUUAACCUAGAUUGAAUAAUUGUUCUGAUUUAACCUGAGAUCAGAUGUUUACCCAUAACAUAACCACCACUUAAUCAGAUGGAUGUGGAUGCAGAUGCCAGAAAACACAAUUGCCCCCAUUCUGUCAUACCACUGCUGUUCUUGUAACUUAGCCGUAGUAGUGAACCACUCAUGUAUCCCUGGCCCCUUUCUUGUCUCCUGUGUCUUCUGCACCACAACCUGCUUGAAUUCUUAGUGCCCCACUGUUUCCUCAAAAAUGCCUGCAUGUACAUGUAGGGUAGAAAGAAUCUCUUUCUAGUAUUUAAAGGUCAUUACAGUUUUGGAUUAGAAGUUAGGAAAACCAUUCUUAAUUUAAGUAAAUUCUUUUGAAUUUUUCCUUACAGUGCAGAUUAUAAAAUUUAUCAAUUUGUUUGCUAAAAUAUUUGUAAAAUAGUUAUAAUAUUAACAAUUAUGUAUUUUGUUGUAGGCCACCCUGACAGUGGCCUUACUUUUGGCUACUCAGCGACGAUUGAUUGAAGCAGCUGCAGAAGUGAAAAAGUAAGUUGUUAAAUCCUGUACAAAAUCCUCUUCCUUGUCUGCGACACUAGUUUGUUGACAAAUUUGGUAUGGAUAAUUGUUACAAAGCUGUCAUGCUAUUAAUGUACUGUAGGUUCUGUGCUAUUCUUCAGCAAGUGAAAACCGACCGUGAGAAAACAGUUUCUGCUUUUGCAAGUUACUCAAGGCCAUACAGCUUCAUCACUACAUUAUGCAUUAUAAGAUGUUAUUUGUUCUUUUUUAACCCAGUAUUUUUAUUUUCUGCUUGUGUGUUUACAGUGGUGGGUGGGGCACUUGGAAGCCACUAUGGAUGUGCGGGCCAACAUUGAUGGGUAGCACUGUUGGAAUCGUUGGAUUUGGAAGAAUUGGUUGGUAUUUUUUGUUAACAUACUUCCUGUUUAAUUCAGAGAGCCUGUAAAAGCCCUAAGUCAUUUCUAAUUGUCUACUAGACUCUCUUGUCAAAAUGCGUCAUAUUUCUAAGAGAAACCAAGCGAGAAGUGGACAUGGAAGUGGAAAUGAUCCUAGCAGUUGAAUAAACAACCUAAGUGGUUCAAAAAGAACCUGAAAAAAAUUAGGCUUGACCCAGUAUCGUUACCCUGAUGUUUGUGAUGAUUGAAUGCAAUGCUCCAUGCAUUAAGCUAAUCAAGCCCACUGGAGAGCAGGCUAUUGUGUAUUUGUAAAUUAAUACCUAAGUCCUUUACUUGUUGUUAAGCACUUUGUCAUAUACUGGGUAUUUACUUACAUGUAUGCCGUGGGGAACAAGCAAGAGUAGUGUAGUGGUGGAAGCACUCACUCCCACCAAAAUGGCUUCAUAUUUUGAAUCGCAGAGACAAUGUGAUGUUUGAGUUGAUUCUGUUGUUGGUUCUCUUCCUUUCUUCAAGAGGUUUUUUUUCUUUACCCACACCCAUUUUCCCUUUCUUGAAAACCAACAAUUCCAAAAUCCAAUGACACCAGGGAACUGGUAGAUACAAAGAGCCACAGACUCUUUAUGUUUAUUUGGUACCAUCAAAAUCAUUAUUUUAUUUAUUUAAUUGUUAUUUAUUUGGUUAUUAGUAGCUGUAAUUCAUCAUAUCCUUCAGGUGUUGCAGUGGCACAAAGACUUGCUCCAUUUGGUGUUGCAAGAUUUUUGUAUGCUGACGUCGAAAAGAAGCCAGAAAAUGGUGAGCCAAUCUCCAAUUAUAAUGCAGCAGUGUCAAUAGUCUCUGAUUUUAAGUGAAAUACCCUUCCCUCCCCUGUGGAUACAUUUUUUGGUUUCAUUUAAUUUUUCGUUUCAUUUAAGUACCUCUUUACCCAUCCCAUGGGGUAUUUCAGGUUUGUUUUACAGUUCCUUGAGGAAGGUAGGUUUAAUCACUGACAAGCUGAUCAUGUUACCCCUUCUAGCCAGUUUUUAUUGUAAGGUGAUCCAGAUUUCACCAUCUUGGAAAUUUUUGCUUCUGGAAUGGGGGAUCUUGGGCUUUGGAAUCUGGCAUUCAGCUCAAGGAAUGAAAAAUCCUUUGGAUAAUCCAAGUUCCAACUCUGGAAUCCAGUACCUGUUAAGAAUCCAGUACCAGACUCCACGGCAUGGCAAUACAGAAUUCCCAGAUUGUCUUGGAGUUACACUUUUGCCAUCACUCAAUAAGCCAUUUUUUAAUUGAGCAGGGGGCUGGGUACAAAUGUGUAUUAAGUCAAUUGAAUUAAGAAAUUAUAAGAAUUCAAACGUAAGUGCAUUUUUUAAAUUUGAGUGUUUUGCCUGAAGUGUACCUUGGAAAAGAUCUGUUGGCUUGUGGCCAACACCAAAACAUGGAAUGCAAAGACAUAGCUUACUGAAAUUUAAGAGAGCUUUGUAUGGUUGGAGUGACAUGCACCAUUCAACACCUCCCAUUCUAUUUAACAUGGACAAGCUGUAACAAUUCAAUGACUGAAGCUCAAGUUUCCACUGACUGAAAGUCUAAUGACGUUUUAAAUUUUAUUUUGUCUUAAUUAGUUGAAAAGAUGGUCACACCCAAAGCCGAACAUGGUGAGAUUUUUAUUGUUUGUCAAUAUAUUGUCAUACUGCAUAUACAGAUGAUUUGUUUUGCAUCAUCCUCUUAGGAUAUUAUCAUUAGAAGGCAGUUAUUGUAUCGCCAGAAAGAUAUCAGCAUUAGAAUCCAAUUCUGAUUUGUCAGCAUAAGUUUUGAUUGACUUAGUGACAACUGACAUCAUAAGCUUAAAUUGUAUGGUUUCCAAUGAACAUCACACUAAGUACCUUCAUUGUUCUCGGUAACUUUUAGUUUAACAUUUUCAACCAGAGAAUCUUACCUAAAACAUAACCUAACAGUUUUCCUGUCUGAUAUUUUAUACCAUGAGAAGAAAUGGGUGUUAAACAACUAAAUCCCUAGAAAAUUUUAAUGUCAUUAUGCUGAUAAUAAAUUUUAAAAUAUGUGUCAUUUUGUCAGCUAAGCUUAUGAGAGUAUUCUUUUCUAAAUAUUGCAGUGGAUAUGGAGACAUUGUUUAAGGAGGCUGACUUUGUGACUGCCCACACUGCUCUUACACAAGAAACAGCAGGUAAAGUUGGAUGUUCAACAACACCAUUGAAACCCACAAGUCCAGCUGUGAAUGUCAAGCAAUAGGUGUUAUCAUCAGUGCGGGGCCCCGUCCCCUUAUGAGAGGCGUGUUUAGAAAAGUGUCAGUGGACAUUAUCAAUGUUUUGAAGUUCGGCUCAAAUAUAGGAAAUUGAUGGAAUUGGAUUUUUUUAUGGUGGCUGUCGCAAUCCCUGAUUCAUUUCCUUAUAAGGGUGUGGCAAUCUGAAUUCAUCAUUUUCACAUAGACAAUAGACAAUAAUGCACCUUCACAUAGACCAUAAUGCACCUUGUUUAACCCUCAAAAUUUUGUAUAACCAUUGUGUUCAAUUUCUCUUGAGACGACCGUAGUAACCAGGCGAAUUUGGAAACAUUGGUUAUGCAAAAUAUUGGAGGGUAAACAACUUGCUUAUGGUCUAUGUAAAAAUGGUAAACUGGGGCAAAAAAUCCUUUCGGAAGUUUUUUCUUGCAUACGGGGCUGUCAGAAAAUGGCUUCUCAGUAACAUGCAUUUCUUGCGGGCCGGUGGGGGGGAGUGCGGAUUAAAAAUUGGAAUGUCCCCAAUUGAGCGACACUCCAGAUAGAGGACUUGGUACUUUUCCAUUUGGAAGAAAAUCAGGUACUCACCGGUAUUUCUAAAGCAAUUAUGAUGAGUUUGUCAUCUCAUCUGGGACAUGUAACCGUUUAUACAUCUUUUUUUUCCUGCACACAGGUAUGUUUAACAAAGGUGCAUUCUCAAAGAUGAAAAGCAAUGCGGUUUUCGUGAACACCAGCAGGUAAGAGAGGUCUUAUUUUUUCCGUUGUUAAUUCAGUAGAUAAUGGUUAUAGAUAAAGGUUGAUUAAAGGUAAUUUUCCCCGCGAGUAAGCUCUCUAUUUCGAGUGGAUAUCAUCUCCUUUUGCGUGUAGCUCGCGCGUGACUUUCCACGACAUCACCCAAAUAUAAAGCUUGCUUGCAGACUAAAAUAAUUCAUGACGUCUUGGCAUUUGAGAUAACGGUCACUCCGAGGACGAAUACCAUAGCAUCAUUUGUUGGUCUUGAAUAAAUGAGUAAAUUUAUUGUUUUGUUUUAGAGGAGGAGUGGUGAACCAGGAUGAUUUGUAUGAAGCACUGAAGACGGGCCAAAUAUGGGUACGUUUUUUUGUAACUACAUGUAGUAAAUAAUGGGCAUGACGGGCACUUUUAAGAUGUUCGAUCGCAUAAAAAACUAACUAACUAACGUUAUUUUGGAGAGAGACAUUUUCUAUAUAGAAUUAGAAUUUGGAAAACGGUUCAGUUUUUUUAUGAGAGGGUGGAUGAUGUUCGACAUUCCAACCGUUAUCCAACAACAUUCAGCACCACGCAACAAGGUGGUGUAAUGGAUCGAAGAUUGUUGGAUGAAGUGAGGCCAACACCAUUCCGAUAAGGCAUCGAACAAAGUUAGAUGAAGUUGUCACAACAUCCUGGAUCCGUUUGAAUAAGGCCUGAGUUGCAAAAAAAUAUAACCAACUUGACGUGCGCCGAGGCAUUGAAUAGGGAGUUUGAAGCAACCACUGAGAAAGGCAAAGGCAACAGGUACAUCUUCCAUGCAAAACUUUGACGGGAAACAUUGCCUUGUGACGUAUCAUAGAGCAUUUUAACACUCGACGACACAUUUUUCUUUCUCUUUUUAAACUUUGAUUCGCUCCCUUUUAAUCCAACUCCAGGAAAACUCGCUUACAAUUGAACAAUUGAGCCUGUUAAAAUAACAGCCCUAAAUUUUAGAAGAACGAGAAUGCUCUUUAUAAAUGGCGUCUCCUUUGCCGUCACCAUCCUGGUUGCUUAUCCUUAAUACACUGUUUUCUUUUUUUAAGAAGAUGUUUUUUAAGAAUAUCGAGGCUGAAAUUAGUGAAAUUUUAAGAAUAUUUGAAGAAUAAACCCAAGGCUGAGAUUGAUUGAUAUUGAUAAGAUACAAUAACUGUAUGUGAAUUAUUGCUUUCUCUAAACGGCAAACGUAGAAAAAAAAAUUGAAAAAAUUCUGCGCUUGCCAUAAUCAAAUGUUCGAUGCUAAUGACAGUUUGAUGAACGGUACAUGACUGACAGGAUUUGUACCGUAAAUAUAGCACAAAAGAAAUGAACAAAACCGCCAAGAGCCGUAAGAAUAUUUUCAGCCUGAAAACGGCAGAAAAAUAAGAAUAUUCAGCCUGGGUCGGAUAAACAACAUUCGUACGUGGAAAGAGUGUAUCAUUUGAUUUCGAUCAAAUUUUAAUUGAAAAAAUUUUAGUCGAACAUAGUCUGAUGACCGACUGUAUAGAGGCUCUGUGAGUUUGUCGUCAUUUAGUAACAAACAAUUUUGUCUGUUGGGACCCUGGUAACUUGCUGGUAACUUGGCUUCUUUUUCCAGGGUGCUGGUUUGGAUGUUACAGUUCCUGAACCUCUUCCUUUGGAUCAUCCACUGCUCACCCUUAAGAACUGUGGUAAGAACUCUUCAUUCCCGUUCAUUUCAGAUUAUUUCUGCCUCUCUGUCUUCAAACUUUGCCCCCUUUAUUUAAAGAAGGGGAUCCAUGGGGCUCUUGACUUCCAAUUCCCCAGGAUCAGUAGUCCGAUCUCAUGAAGACGGAAACAGUAGGUCUCUAUUACAGGCAACUCUCGUCAUGCGGACAGUUCGCUAUUACGGCGACAGCAGCCACUACCCCGGCAAAAAAAUUAGCAAUCAUCUAAAGAAGUAUGCCGCAGAUCGAGAAGGGGCCGAGGCGGAUCAUCCGAGAUCUGCAGAGUUGUUGAGAUCAUUGAGAUCAUACUGAACCUCAUAUAAUAAUUGCUAAAUGAUUAUCGCAGCUAUGUACGAAACAUCCAUCCAUUAGAGCCCAACAGUGUCACCAUUCUUUCCGUGUUUGAUCUUUCAGUUGUGCUUCCCCACAUUGGCAGUGCAGAGGAAUCCACAAGGGAGGCUAUGGCUGUUCUUGCCGCGAAAAAUCUCCUUGCGGGAUUAACAGGAGAGAACCUCCCAGCUCAAGCAAAGCUUUGACUCUAGCCGUUGGCCUUGUAAAGUAUAGGUUUCUCGAAGAUUAGAAGAUAGAGGAAUGUUCUACUCUAUAGAACAAACGUCCUCCUAUGUGUUUUAUCCUGUCAGGGAGUCGUAAAGUAACAAAAAUUAAGAUUAACUUGUAGGUAGAGCUAAGUAUAACAAAAGGGGGAUUGUUGUACGGAUCUCCUUCCUCCGGGGGGGUACUCAACAAAGUUUUAUACUGGGAGGCUUCGCCCCGAAGUCCAACCUCUUACCCUUUCAAAUACCAUUUUUUGGACAGAAAAGGUACCUCUUUCGUAUACCCUCUACUCUCUCGAAAAACGGUACCCCUUUCUCAUACCUAGUUUAGAACUUUGCAUCCCUUUUCACUGCCGUGAAUGCAGUCUUUAAAAUACGAAUAAAUCACAAAACUAAAACGUUUGCUCGACCUUUUCAUAGCCAUAAGAUACAAUGCAUCUGUGAGCCCUUUUUGGCCUUUUUACAGACCGAAAUGACAGAUUUCUGUACCCUUUCAUAUACUUGAAGCCUAAAAAAGGUACCCCUUUCGGGCGGAGCCUCCCCGUAUAGGCCAUCAUAGGGAGUGUUCCACCGGGCUCAUUCCUGGGUUAUUAAAUCCCAAAACAGGGGGAAGGAGUUACAUAAAAAUAAAGGGGGUUACUCAUUGUUCCUUUUAUGGGGAUAAAAACUGUAAACCUUAAAUUAUUGGACAAUUUGAUCUUGAGAGGUCUCUCAAAAAAUCGGAUGAGUAGAAAGUGAUUGAUGUUAAUUACGUUUUAAGGAUGUCUUCGGAAUUGUCCGGCCGACAGGCAGCUCGGCUCAGGCCGUCAUUUUUAAAGGGUAGUCCCACACCGAGAUCUUUUAGAGUUUAGGUGUCCUGAAUAACCUGUGUUUUAAGACAACGUAAUGAAGCUCAGUGCAAAGAAAUAACAUCAAUUUGAGGUUUUGGGUUGUUUGCGAGCUUUUGCUACAUUGGUCGGGUUUUUGUGUUUGGCACCGAAGCUAAAAAA